AUGUAAAGCGGCGCGCCCUUACUCGCCAAUAAAGUUGACGCCGCUUUCACAACCUUUUGCAGAAUCGCGGAGUCGGGCACUUUCCACCAGAAUUGGAGUCACAUUUGUGAAUUUAUGAGCACGCCGUGAUACUUCGACGAGGGACUGGUACUCGGCCCAUACCUGUCUUGAGGCCUCUUGAACCUCCCUUUGGCUUUCCAGCCACCUCAAGACGCAGCCAUGGCAGAGGAUCUCACAUCGAAAGUGCUACAAGUGCUGGACUCCGCAGAUGGAUCCGUGCUCACCUCCGAAGCCUUUCCUAAUGCCAGCUUUGUCUCUGUCAAGUCUGCAGUUGACAAACUACGAUCACGAGAAUACCUCUUAGCAGAACAGAUCGACAAGAUCGAGCUGGCACUUACGAAAGAGGGGGAGGAUAUUGCGGAGAAAGGAAGUAAUGGUGCGAGAGUCUUUGAGGCCGUCCGAGCAGCACUAGAAGGUCUGAAAAUCAAGGACCUGCCAGCUGCGGUUGGUGAUGCGAACGUUGCCAAAUUCGGCUCGGGAGACGCCUUCAAACAGAAAUGGGUCAAGAAGGAUGGAGACGUCCUCCGAGCUACAGCGGACAGUAUUCAGGAUGAAGUACAGCAGCACCUACGGCACAUUCGAGAGAACAAAUCCCUGGACAAUGCAAAAGUCGUGGCAGAUUUCAAGAAGAGGAAAUACGUCGUGGACCAGAAGUCGUUCGCUUUCAAAAUAUCGAAAGGACCCAAAUUCUCGACGGAGUUCGUGAAAGAAGAAACAGAUCUUACUGCUGAGAUGCUGGCAUCAGGAGCAUGGAAGACAGUGCAGCUGAAACCAUACAACUUCAAGGCCAAGGGCGCAGCCACACCCUCAGGAGCCCUACACCCGCUCAACAAAGUGCGACAAGAGUUCCGCGACAUUUUCUUCGAGAUGGGCUUCGAAGAGAUGCCGACGAAUCGGUAUGUCGAGACUGGCUUCUGGAACUUUGAUGCCCUGUUCGUCCCUCAACAGCAUCCCGCUCGCGAUCUGCAAGAUACCUUCUACAUCUCCGACCCACUCAAAGCCGACCCUCCACGAGAAGACCCCGUACCACAAACACCUGGCUCGAAAGAACUGCCCACACACAAGCGGACGAAGUCACGGGAAAAGACCCUGAACUACAAGCAAUACUGGGACGAUGUGAAGGCCGUGCACGAACAAGGCAAAUUCGGCUCUAUUGGGUAUAGAUACCCCUGGUCAGCCGAUGAGUCGUUACGACUGGUGCUCCGGACGCACACCACCGCCAUUUCGACGUACAUGCUGCACAAGUUGGCCUUGAACCCGAGACCAGUGCGAUACUUCUCGAUCGACCGCGUGUUCCGCAACGAGUCCGUCGACCAAACACAUCUUGCUGAGUUCCACCAAGUAGAAGGUGUGAUCGCAGAUUGGGGUCUAACGCUAGGUGGUCUGAUUGGCUUCAUGGAAGUCUUCUUCGGCAAGAUGGGCAUCAGAAAUUUACGCUUCAAACCUGCUUACAACCCGUACACGGAGCCCAGUAUGGAGAUCUUCAGUUACCAUGAAGGCCUAAAGAAGUGGGUUGAGAUUGGGAACAGUGGUAUGUUCAGACCGGAGAUGCUGGAGCCGAUGGGUCUACCUAAAGACAUGCGAAUAUAUGGAUGGGGUUUGAGUCUGGAGAGGCCGACUAUGAUCAAGUAUGGUGUCAACAAUAUCCGCGAACUCCUCGGUCAUAAAGUCGAUCUCAACUUUAUCGAGACCAAUCCUGCUGUACGACUGGACAAGGAGUGAUCGAUUCAGAAGUACCACUGUUCAGCUCGGCCAUGUAGGAUUCUAUGCAAAAAGAGGCAGGCAGACAAAAAGGCAGGAUCUAGAAAUGAUACCCACCCUUGCUUUCCCGUCCCAGUGAUGUGAGGCAAGAGGCUGUUCCCAAAGAGCUCGUACAGGACCUUUCCUUUCUCUUCUGUUCGUUUGUGUUGCUGCAUUUUUUACGCAUGGAAAACAUGUGGGCAACCUCACCGGCACAAUCAAGACUCUCCCAGACCACUGUUCUAUGACUGGGGGAGUAGAGAAAACAAAUUCGU